AUUCCAGGGUCAGUAUCAAGUGAACAACUGGGAACGAUGGGUUGCCUGAAGAAACUGGUGCUUGCUUCACUCGUGACGACCGCACUGUGUUGUGGUGCAUUGCUUGCGCUGUGGAUAUGGCUCGGUGUGGAAAUCAUUCCCAAUCAAAUCCGCGAUCCACGCCUACUGCAAGAUCGUUCGUUCGAUUACAUUAUCGUCGGUGCUGGAACUGCGGGAUGUGUGUUGGCCAAUCGGCUGUCCGAAAAUCCGAACGUAACCGUGCUGCUGGUGGAAGCUGGUGAUACGUUUGGGGCCGCUUCCAUCAUCCCCCUGAUCAGCACGGCCAUGCAGGGUACGAAGUACGAUUGGGCAUUCCGGACGACACCACAGAAAUACUCCUCCCAUGGUCUAGGGAACAAUCAACAACUGCUACCACGCGGCAAAGGACUGGGCGGCUCGGGACAAAUUAACUACAUGUUGCAUUUUACGGGCAUACGGGAGGAUUUUGACCGUUGGGAGCGGCUAGGUGCACGUGAUUGGAGCUGGCACGCGAUGAAACCUUAUCUGGAUAAGCUGAACCGUCCGGUGGAUGGUGAACGGGAGGACGAGGAUGAGACGAGUGAAUGCAAUCAGCAACUGACUGGCGAAGAGCUGUAUGAGACCAACAACCACUACGCCUCAAUUCUAUCGGACAGUGACAAGCAUGGUGCAAGCAUUACCUUUUGUUCGAGAAAACCUACCCAAAUCCACCCAACAGCGGAAGGUUUGCACAUAACCGAGGUGGACACGCGGGACUCGCUACUAGCGAAAGUGUUCACCGAGGCACCGCUAGAGCUUGGCUCGGAGUAUCUUUUCAAACCCGCCCGGUACACCAUCCGGAACGGAAUCCGUUGGAGUAGCUACCAUGCUUACCUUCGUCCCGCCUUCCGACGACCCAAUCUGACCAUUCUUACCUCCACGUCCGUUGCAAAGGUUCUGUUCGAUGAAACCAAUCGAACGAGGGGCAUCCUCGUGCAGCAAGCCACUGGAAACGGUCCCAAUGCACAAUCAGUCACCAUUGCCGCUAAGCAGGAGGUGAUUCUCAGCGCAGGGGCACUGCAUACACCGCAGCUGCUGAAACUGUCCGGCAUUGGGCCGAAACUGGAGCUCAAGCGACACGGUAUCGCUCUGGUGCACGAUUCCCCGCACGUGGGCAACAACUAUUUCGAUCACCUCAAUCUACCACUGUUCGUCAGCAUCAACGCCACGGCCAGCGUAACGAUGGAUAAGGUCCUUUCGGUGGAUACGAUCAGCCAGUACCUCCAGCACGGUCAGGGUGUGCUGGCCACGACCGCCAUCGCCGGCAUUGGUAGCCCUCGCGGUGGUCGGUUCGGUAUCAUCCUCUUCGGGAUGGGCAGUGUCGACGAGCAAGCGUUGCGCCACGUGUCGAACAUGAAGCAGGACACGUUUCGAGCGUUUUUCCCCUCCUACCAAAACACCAGCCAGGAGGGUUUCCUGUUUCUGAGCACCUGCCAUCAACCGGCCAGUCGGGGUGCAAUUUUUCUCCGCGAUCGACACAUCGACAGUGAACCGUUCUUCAAUCCCAACUAUCUGAAGGAUCGGACCGACAUCGAGUGUAUGAUCGAGGCGAUCCGACUGGCCGCUCGAACGGUACGCACGGCAGCGUUCCGUCGGAUCGGGGCCCAUCUGCACUGGCCAAACGUGAAACGAUGUUCAAACUUUGGUCCACCCGUGGAUGGGUCGCAGGAGGAACCGUCGGAUCGGUUUUUGGAGUGUAUCCUCCGUACCUCGGCACUGACCGGGCAUCAUCCCGGUGGGACGGCAGCGAUCGGGCUGCACAACGAGGCUGUGGUUGACAAUCAGCUAAGAGUCAACGGAGUGAAAGGAUUGCGAGUGGUGGAUGCAAGCAUUUUCCCCGCACCCGUGUCCGGUACGCCGAACUCGGUAGUGAUUGCGGUGGCCGAGAAAGGGAGCGAUAUAAUACUGCAAGGAGCUGGUGAUUAAUGUUUUAUUUCGGUACGGUAAGAAAGCUGUUUGUAAAAAAAAGUUGUGAAAAAGGAAACGAGAAAAAAAGAAUCGCCUCCCCGACGGGGAAUCGAACCCCGGUCUCCCGCGUGACAGGCGGGGAUACUGACCACUAUACUAUCGAGGACAUGUGAGAAGGGGCGCUCAAAGCGCUAUAUAAACACAAUCUACGACUGAAAACUUCAAUUCGUUGAGUGCGUAAUCUUUACCGAUUACACGUGGUUUAGAAUUUUUACGAACAUUCUUAUUACCAAUUUAAUAUGGAUAUCAACAUACACUCCUAUUAACCACAUAUAAUUUCACACUUUUGGUAAUGGCUUGAACCAUUUUGGCAACAGGGGCAAACUUGAAGACCAAAAUAACCAAUCAUUGCCAAUUACGAUAGUGUGUGGUGGUGUAUACGACGUAACAGAUAUGAGGUUCUCAACCUGCUAUCAGCGCAAUUCCCCGACCGGCAAUAAUCACCACCACCACCCGGUGGUCAUUCCUGUUGCUGCCCAGUCCGUCAUCCCCCUCGCGCACCUACUUGAAACUCUCGAAUGUUUUCUCAAUGUCAACGACACGGUUGGGAGAUAACGGAGUGGCCACGUUGUGGAGCAACUGCGCCAUCAGUACAACACCUCCGCCUCGAUCCAAACAUAUUUGAAACGCAGUUACUACACUCGUUGUUGAUACAGGCGGUUUGAUGUAGGAUACACACUUUCGAUCGUCUAUAACCCAAAUUCCUGGAGGGGGGACUAAACUUGUUCUACCAUUUCGGAUGACUUUCAGAGGAGGACGAAGCGAGAUUGAUUAAAAAAACACAACUUUUAGGCAUAUAAGUUAUUUUGUUUCACAUUGAUAAUAUAUAAUUUUCACCAAA